AUGGAGGAACCUUGGCUUCCUCUUCAACCAUCUUUCCAUGAAGUUUUUCAACCUUAUACCAAUAAUGUUCAAGAUGUGAGAACCUUCUUUGGUUCUAAUAUUCAGCAUCACCGUGACAAUUAUGAAUAUGGUUUUAUAAAUAACGCUUCUAUGAUAGAAGACAUUAACACCGUAAUGGGAGGUCUUUCUUUGUCGUAUAAUAAUAACAAUCGUAGAGAAACCGGCAGUACUAAUCAUACUUAUAUUGACAAUCACCCUUCAAUGAUGAUGAGAGAGUUGGUACUUUCAAUGGCAAUGGAUUGGCGUGGAUGUCAAUAUCUGCAGGCGAAGAUCGAGAAGGGCAACCCGGCAGAUGUUGAGUUUAUCCUCUCAAUCGUGAAGGAUCAUGUACACCAGCUAAUGACACACAACAACAACUACUUGAUUAAAAAGAUUUUUCAAGCAAGGAGUGGUGUCACCCCGGAGCAGAUGGAAUCUAUUGUUUUAUCGAUUAUCUCGGAUGAUCAAAAGCUGAAACAUGUGUGCAUGGACAAUCGCGGAACAAGGGUUAUGCAGAACAUGCUAAAGAAUAUCAAACUCUCAUUCACGACAUAUAAUGUAGUUGUGUGUACAAUGCAUCGUAUCACUCUUGCAUUGGUGAAAAGUUUUAAUGGUGGUUAUGUCAUUCUGCAGUGCCUGAAGUUUUUUCAGUCCGAACACAAAAGAGUUAUUUUGGAUCAAGUAGCAAGAAAUUGUGUAGAUAUUACAACCGACAAAAUUGGAUGUUCGAUUAUUCAAAAAUGCCUUAGCCUUGUUGAGGGAAGUGUCAAAAGCUUGCUAGUCACAGAAAUUAUCUCAAAUGCUAUGAUUCUAGCAGAAGAUCCAUAUGGAAACUAUGUCUUGCAAUUUGUAAUUACAAUGGAGAGUUCUGCAACAAGGGAAAAGAUGAUCAAACAGCUUCGCGGCAAAUUUGCUAGAUUUUCUAUGAGCAAGCAUAGCAGCAAUGUGGUGGAAGAUCUAUUGAGAUUUUCCAACGAGAAUGAUGUUGCUGUUAUAGUUGAGGAGAUAAUGAAAAGUUGUGAUUUCUUGAAUGUCGUUCAAGAUCCCUUUGGAAAUUAUGUGGCACAAAGAGCACUCAAAUGCACUAAGGGUCGUCUACAUAGAGAACUUGCUAAGCUCAUUACAUCUAAUAAGAGAAUACUUCAAAGCCAUCUUUACGGAAAAAGGGUGUUGACAAUGGCCAUGACAGAAAGAAGUAGGUUUGGUGUUUAAUGAAUCACAACAAUUUAUUUUAUUAUCUUUUCAUGUGAUAUGCUGAGAACAAUAUUCAUCAGUUUUGUUACAAGUUUGUUUGGUUUAUUGUCUAAGACAGGGACAACAACGUGAAAAUAAUUCUCAU